AGUAAUUUUCGCUUGUAAAAGAAAAAAAAAUAACAUCCUGGAAAAUUUUCACCAUUUCCUUAUCUUUAACAACAUGAUUAAUAGUUUAUACUACACAUGGGUGCUAUUCAUGGUUAUAAUUCGAUUUGCUGAUUUAAUCGUAACUCAUGCCUAUUUUUUUUCGAAACUAAAAAUUUAAAAUCAUGCUAUUUGAUAGGUAUGUAUUUGUUCGUGCCCUCACUUAUAAGCUUCUAGAUCAGCUCUACUGCUACCCUGGUGUUGAUUCCGAGAGUCAAAGGUAAAAUCCUGUAUUAGUUAAUAUAUUUGACAGCUGACAGAGAAAACAGAAUCACUAAAUUUUUUUUAUGGGACCUAAACUAAUUUGAAGGUUUAACUGAACCUACUGUAACUUGUUGCCGUUACUUUUUAUGACUCUUCGUGUUUGAAUAAUUUGGCCACGUGUGUUAAAUAGAGAAAGCAAAUUAUUUAAGACACAGAUUAGUAUUUUAUGUUAGUAAAGCACCCGACUUUAGCUCGAUAGUUAUACCGACCUUCCCAUGUAUUUUAGACAAAGCUUUCAGACUAUACAAGUGAGUAUAAAUCAAAAGAACACUUGGAAAGUUGGUGAGUAGGGAUAUAAAACUACACUACAGUUGAAGGGCCACACUGCGGAGUUCUAUAUAUAUAUGUAUAUAAAAAACAAGAUUGCAUAAUACAUUUGUUGACAAAUGCUGUGUUUAUGAAGUUAAGCCACUGUUUGAGGAUCAUGUAUCACUGAUAACCCUGGUGACACAUCAGUGGUCUAUCAUAAUUUCUCACGUGAUUUCCCUUCUCUCAGUCAAACAUUCUUCUUUAGUGAUUUUAGCUUUUUUUUUGUCAUAACAAUUUUAAUUUUAAUUGUGUUUGUAGAGUAAAUACUAAUGCUGUUUUUUAAAAUACAUGAAUAGAUUUAAAAGUCCACGCAAUGUUUACCUCCCGUCGUCAGAUGAUUAUUGUGCUCAUAACUUUCCUUUCAGCUUUAGUUCUCUUCAUUACUCCCUUAGUACUGCGUCGUUGUGUGUUCACUGAUCAUCACGUGCAUGCAACAUCAUCAGACGCCAUAUUAGUAACAGAAAAAAUAUCUUCAAUUUGGUGUAAGGAACAAGAUUUAAAUUCGAGCUCCUUGUUCAACGCUUUUUUAUUCACUAAAAAGCCUUCAGUGAAUCCCCAGGUAUUAAGAUAUGUGUCCAUGUCUAAUCAUAUGAAGCUAAUGAUUGGAGACCGGAAAUACUGGAGGUUUUAUAUUCUAAAAGGAUCUACUAUCACCGUGUCUGUGUGUGCCCGUUUGUCUGGUGGGGUACUAUCCAUACUGAGAGGUCAUCAGAAUCUUAGCCUUUGUCUUCAUGAAUAUCUCUACCCUUCAACCCGAGGUCAUAAUACUGAGAGUGAAGAGUCAAGCGAAGAAUCGGACGAUAUGACAUCAUCUCUAUCGAGCAGCCAAGAUGUCGCCUCUAACGAAACUUCAGAUCCUUUUGUUUGUCAUUAUGCUUUAUUACACGUGCCGCUGAGAUACAGUUAUCGAUGUGCUCUCACCGCCAAACUUCACCAGGAUUUCGACCCAAGAAACAUUAUUACUUUUAACGUGACGUCGUCAGAUUAUUAUUACGUUCUGUUUCUAAGCAACUCGGUUCUAGAUAUCUUACCUAACGAGAUUUAUGCUGAAUUUUUAUUAAAACGAACGGUUUACGACUAUGAAACUAGUUUACAAAAUUGUUCGAACGUGACUUCUUGCAGUCUACCUUUAAGGUUAGGCUCUAAUGACCAAAUUGUUGUCGAAAUUCCCUCCUCGUCUUUUGAGAAAUGGACUAAUAACGUCAUAACAUCAAAGUGUGUUCCGAGACAAGGUUUAUAUUUUUUGUUUUUCUUUUUUCUAUCAGUGAUGUUUAUAAUAUGUGCUUUUCAUUGCUAGUACGAUUUUAUUAAUAAGUGUUCGUAUUUUAACAUUUUUCUUCUGUUAUGAGUUAAGUAAACAUUUUCGGUCGGGCAAUAUAAUUUAGUGUUGAAUGUAGCACUAUGUCUCUAAUUUCAACUCACAGAUCCUAUAUUCGAAGAAAAGGUAUUUCUAAGAAAUGUUGUAUUCAUUACGCUUCAUGAGAACAAUAAACUGACUUAC